AUGGUCUGGGGAAGUAGGAGGGCUGUCUUCAUUGGUAUUCCGGGUGAAGAAAGUAUUACGCCCAGAGAGGAGGAAGCCGGAGCGUGCAGAGGGCAAAGAGGUUGCUGGAGACAUGGGGACUCUGCUGAGAGCCUGCUCCUGAAAAAGGACCCAGAUUCAAAUCCCUCCUCAGGAGUGAAAUUCAGGUGGUGUCCUGGGCCCAGUGACAGUGUCGUUGUGAAGACAAAAGGAGGGGGACAAAUCAUGGCCCUUGAGAGCUGCUCCCUACGAAACGUGCAUCGUGGUGAAAGCUGUGGGAGUCCCAGAGCUGGCCCAGUUUACUCCUCCCUCUCAGGCAGCACCAUGGCCUCAGAGGCACCGUCCGGAUUGUCUCUUUUGUGGGAUAGAGUGGAAAGAGCAGCCGGGCAGCCCAAUCAGCUGUUGCCCUUCCAGGGUCUGGUGACCUUUGAGGAGGUGGCCGUGUAUUUCACGGAGGAGGAAUGGGCCCUGCUGGAUCCCGGUCAAAGAGCUCUGCACAGGGAAGUCAUGGAGGAGAAUUAUGAGACGGUGGCCUCUCUCGCAGGUGACCGGCAGAAUGAGAAUUAUAGAAAACCACAGAUGGUGCCACUGGUAAUAGCCAAGACUGAGAGUCAAAAAGAGAUAUUUGGAAAUCACAGGGGACCAAAAACGUCUGAAAGAAAGCAGCCAAAGAAUGGGAGCAAAAAAUCCUCUACUUGUCAUAGUUUUCAUCAAAGAACACACACCGGAGAAAAACCAUUUAAAUGCAUGGAAUUUGGAAAGAGCUUCAGUGUAAAAAAUAGCCUUAUUUCACAUCACAGAACCCACACAGGGGAGAAACCAUUUAAAUGCAGGGAAUGUGGAAAAAGCUUUACUCAGAACGAUCAUCUUACUUCACAUAAAAGAACCCACACAGGAGAGAAACCUUUUAAAUGCAGAGAGUGUGGAAAGAGCUUCAGUCUAAGCAGUAGCCUUAAAUUACAUCACCUUAAACACACAGGGGAGAAACCAUUUAAAUGCAUGGUGUGUGGAAAGAGCUUCAGUCAGAGCAGUGACCUUAGUUUACAUCAAAGAACCCACACAGGGGAGAAACCAUUUAAAUGCAUGGAGUGUGGACAGGGCUUUAGUCAGAGAAGUAAGCUUACUUCACAUCAAAGAACCCACACAGGGGAGAAGCCAUUUAAAUGCAGUGAGUAUGGAAAAAGCUUCAGUGUAAGCAGUAGCCUUACUUCGCAUCACAGAACCCACACAGUGGAGAAACCAUUUAAAUGCAGGGAAUGUGGAAAAAGCUUUACUCAGAACAAUCAUCUUACUUCACAUCAAAGAACCCACACCGGAGAGAAACCUUUUAAAUGUAUGGAGUGUGGAAAGAGCUUUAGUGUAAGCAGUAGCCUGAAAUUACAUCACCGAACACACACUGGGGAGAAACCAUUUAAAUGCAGAGAGUGUGGAAAGUGCUUCAGUCAGAACAGUAGCCUUACUUCACAUGAAAGAACCCACACAGGCGAGAAACCAUUUAAAUGCAGGGAAUGUGGAAAGAGCUUCAGUCAGAGCAUUCACCUUACUUUGCAUCACAGAACACACACAGGGGAGAAACCAUUUAAAUGCAGAGAGUGUGGAAUGAGCUUCAGUCAGAGCAGUGACCUUACUUCGCAUCAAAGAACUCAUACAGGGGAGAAGCCAUUUAAAUGCAAGCAGUGUGGAAAGUGCUUCAGUCAGAACAGUAGCCUUACUUUACAUGAAAGAACCCACACAGGUGAGAAACCAUUUAAAUGCAGGGAAUGUGGAAAGAGCUUCAGUCAGAGCAGUAAACUUACUUUACAUCAAAGAACCCACACAGGGGUGAAGCCAUUUAAAUGCAUGGAGUGUGGAAAGAGCUUCAGUCGAAGCAGUGACCUUACUUCGCAUCAAAGAACCCACACAGGGGAGAAGCCAUUUAAAUGCAAAGAGUGUGGAAAGAGCUUCAGUCAGAGUAGUAGCCUUUGUUCACAUCGAAGAACCCACACAGCGGAGAAGCCAUUUAAAUGCAGUGACUGCGGAAAGAGCUUCAGUGUAAGCAGUAGCCUGAAAUUACAUCACCGAACACACACAGGGGAGAAACCAUUUAAAUGCAUGGAGUGUGGACAGGGCUUUAGUCAGAGAAGUAAGCUUACUUCACAUCAAAGAACCCACACAGGGGAGAAGCCAUUUAAAUGCAGUGAGUGCGGAAAGAGCUUCAGUGUAAGCAGUAGCCUGAAAUUACAUCACCAAACACACACAGGGGAGAAACCAUUUAAAUGCAUGGAGUGUGGACAGGGCUUUAGUCAGAGAAAUAAGCUUACUUCACAUCAAAGAACACACACAGGGGAGAAACCAUUUAAAUGCAUGGAGUGUGGACAGGGGUUUAGUGAGAGAAGUAAGCUUACUUCACAUCAAAGAACCCACACGGGGGAGAAGCCAUUUAAAUGUAAGGAGUGUGGAAAGAGCUUCAGUCAGAGUGGCAACCUCAGAUUACAUGAAAGAACACACACAGGGGAGAAACCAUUUAAAUGCAGUGAGUGCGGAAAGAGCUUCAGUCAUAGAAGUAAGCUUACUUUGCAUCAAAGAACCCAUACAGGGGAGAAACAAUUUAAAUGCAGUGAGUGCGGAAAGAGCUUCAGUCAGAGCAGUGACCUUAUUUUGCAUCAAAGAACCCACACAGGGGAGAAGCCAUUUAAAUGCAAAGAGUGUGGAAAGAGCUUCAGUCGGAGUGGUAACCUCAGAUUACAUGAAAGAACACACACAGGGGAGAAACCAUUUAAAUGCAGUGAGUGCGGAAAGAGCUUCAGUGUAAGCAUUAGCCUGAAAUUACAUCACCAAACACACACAGGGGAGAAACCAUUUAAAUGCAAGGAGUGUGGACAGGGCUUUAAUAAGAGCAGUCACCUUACUUCACAUCAAAGAACCCACACAGGGGAGAAGCCAUUUAAAUGUAACGAGUGUGGAAAGAGCUUCAGUCAGAGCGGUCACCUUACUUCACAUCAAAGAACCCACACAGGGGAGAAACCAUUUAAAUGCAGGGAGUGUGGAAAGAGCUUCCGUCGGAAUGAUCACCUUUCAUUACAUGAAAGAACCCACACAGGGGAGAAACCGUUUAAAUGCAGGGAGUGUGGAAAAAGCUUCAGUGUAAGCAGUAACCUUGUUUUACAUCACAGAACCCACACGGGAGAAACCAUUUAAAUGUAGUGAGUGGAAAGAGGUUCAGUCAGAGCACUGUUACUUCACAUGAAAAAAUGCUGUGGAGUAACUUUUUUAAUGCACGGAGUAUGGAAAGAGAUUCAAUGAAAGCAGUAGGCUUACAUCACAGGGGAUACACAGGAGAAAUAAUUGAAAUGUAGGGAGUAUGGAAAGAACUUCAAUGGGAGCUUUAUUCUUCAUCUUGCAGGCUACAUAGAUUAAAGCCCUAUACAAGUUGGGGCCAGGAUGCUUAAAAUAUUAUCUCACCUGUUAUAUAUGCAGCCCAUCACUGAAAUCUGCAGAGGAUGGCCUCUUACGCAUACCAUCUCAUUAGGAAGUCCACUCUGCAUGAUAGAGAAACCUGGCCUUUUGUGUGGUGGCAUCUACUUUUUUGAACUUCCUCCUGUUACAUAUCAGACAGGUGUUUUUUUUUUGUGGUGCCUAUAGAAGACCUUCCUUUUUCAACAAACCUUUUAAGUGCAGAGCUUUAUUACUGUUUCUGUGGGAUUUUAAAAUGAUUUUCAUUGGUUUGCAUAUGAUUUUUUUAUUA